AUGAGUCGUUGGCGUCGUUCAGUGGACGAGCUGGCGGCACGGCGGCGACAGCAUGAAUGUGAGCGCGCUCAGGAUGCACUCAGUCGGGUCACUUCAUGUUUCCAGCAGCUGGUUGCGUUGGUCGGUAGCUCAGCCGACGGCAGCUUCCUGCGAGAUGAGUUGGAUGAGACGAGAGCUGUGGCUCACCGGAUCUGCAGUGGGCUGUCCUGCCGGCUGCUGUGCUUGCUUUCAAACUCCGACUUUGCCCCCUCAGGUGUGCAGGACAGGCAGGUUUUGGAGCGUCUGUGGGUUCUCUUCCUGUCAGCAUUGGAGCACUUCCUGUAUGACCUGCGUAAGGCCUGUGACCUAAUUGGGCAGUUCCCCCUGACUGAGCACAGCAACAGGCGCUCGCUGGUCAACACAGGAUGUGUUGAUGGCGUGGUGGGCGUGGCAGCUCGGGUGGCCUCAGUCCAGUUGCCAUGGCUCACCUCGGAGGUGGAACCAAGCCCAGAUCUGACCAAUCACAUCACAGGACUGGAAACUAUGAUGAGCGAGAUGCAACAGAGGGUUCCCGUGGCGUUCUGGUCGGUGGAGGCGACCCAGCCGGCGUGGGCUGAAGCCCGCGGUGAGCCAGAUGACCUGGUGGAGAGCCUGGAGGACCUGAUGGAGGUUGAGGUCAUUGCCGGUUCCAAGAAGACGGCAUGCUGUGGGCUGGGCUGCGUCGGGUAG